AUGGAGGCGCAGGCAGUCGGCAUAGAAUACAUCCAGCUGACGGCUGAAAAGUAUGAAGCGUACAAGGACAAUGCUUGCCAUACGAACCUCGCUACAGGCGUGAACGUUUUCACGCCUAUUGGCAGGCUACUCAAGGUGUUGAGACGCUCCGGCGGCAUGUGCAACUCUAUCACGCUCCCGCAUCCAGACGGAGAGGUCGAGGAAGAGUAUCGUCCGUCGUAUCUGCGCACAGUGGUAGACGACGGCGUGGAGCAAUAUCUUUCGCUUGAGAUAGAGGCAGGCAUUAGGGACGAACUGAGAGAAAUAGCGCCGGAUUUUGCGGAAAGACCAUUUGCGAAAACGAAAUACUGCUGGCUUAAACAGACGACAGACGUCGAGUUCCUGAUCUGUCAGAAUCCGAGAUACGAAGGGUUCCAGAUAGCGACGGGCGGAUCGUUGCAUGCAUGA